AUGGAAAAGUAUUGGGCAACCCAUCCAGAUGAAGUUUUCAGUCCAUGCACCAGCGAAGUAGAUGGGGACAAAGUCUACUUCAUUGACGAACAUGGCAAACGUGUGACAGGCAAAGGUGGUUUGGUCACGCAUCCAGUCGCGAAACUCGGAGAGCUGCCCAAAGUUCACGAAGCCCAGCUCAGUGGUGUUGGAAAUGUCUGCGAGCUUGUGGUGGUUGAUAAUGCAGCAGUUCUGCACACCGUGCGCACCAGAUACAAAAGAACUGACAUUUACACCUUUGUGUCCAAGAUGUUGGUGGCCGUGAAUCCGUUCAGGGACCUGCCGGUUUACUCCAAGGAGAACUUGAUGAGAUAUUUGGGAGCAACCAGCACCAUGGAUUUACCGCCGCACAUCUAUGCUUUGGGCCUCCACGCAGUCAAGGCUGAAGUGCUUGAGGGUGAUCGAAUGUACCAGCCAGGCAAGUGGGUGUCACAGAAUGGUGUGAGCAACCAGGUUGUGCUGAUCAGUGGCGAGUCCGGUGCGGGCAAAACCGAGUCUGCGAAACUGGUGAUGUCUUACAUCUCAGAGGCACUGGGGAGCUCUCGCAACUUGCAGCGACGGGACAGCCGUCCCAGAUAUUCCGUCGCUGCAGACACUGCCAGACGACGGAGUCGAUACUCCGUGGUGGACCCGGCCAAGCCCAGCAUUCAGGACAAAAUCAUUCAGACGAAUCCCAUCCUAGAAGCUUUUGGCAAUGCCAUGACGGUCAGGAACAACAACUCUUCCCGCUUCGGCAAGUGGACGCAGAUGAUCAUUUCUCCCAACAUGGCGAUUCAAGGAUGCUCGGUCACUGACUACCUGCUGGAGGUUACGAGAGUGUGCGGUUGUGGUGAGAAGGAACGCAACUACCACAUAUUCUUUCAGUUGCUGCAAGCCAGAGCUGAUCCACAGUUGCAAGACCUUGAUAUUCAAGCCCCAGAGGAAUACAACUACAUCAAGGGCUCAAGAUUUACAGCACCUGGCAUCGAUGACACUCGAUGUUUUCAAGAAGUCAAGGAGGCUUUUCUGGCUCUUGAAUUCAGCCCAGAGGUCCAAAAAGAAAUCUUCAAGGUGGUCGUGGGCUUGCUUGUCGUGGGAAACAUUGAUUUCGUGGAUGGCGAUGAAGCUGAGAUCAAAGGAUCUGAUGUGGACAAAGCCAGCCAGCUGCUGGGCAUCCCUUCCAAGGUGCUGCAGGAAAUGAUUCUUGUGCAAAAACGGAAGAUCGGUGGUGAGGUAGUGAACUCCCGAAGGAGCACUGCGCAGGCCAAAUCUGUGCGCGACACCUUUGCCAGGAUGCUAUAUGGUCGAACCUUCAAGUGGCUCAUUGAGAAGAUCAAUGACCGGCUUCGACAGUCCUCCACUAGCCAAGUGUUUUUGGGUGUCUUGGACAUUGCUGGCUUUGAGAGUUUCGAACACAACAGCCUGGAGCAACUUUUUAUCAACCUCAGCAAUGAGAUUUUGCAAAGUCACUUCAACCAGCACUUCUUCCGGAUGGAAUUGCAGGAAUACGAAGCAGAGGGCAUCAAAGUUGGAAUCGAUGUGACAUAUCAGGACAACUCAGACAUCGUGAGUUUGAUCAAUGCAAAGGGAGGCAUCCUGUCCAUUUUGGACGACGAGGCCUUGAUUCCGAAGACCACGGAUCAGACCUUUGUGUCGAAGGUCAUCAAAAGCCAUGGCAACCAUGCCAGGAUUGUGAAGAGCAAGAUGGGAGGCGCAGUGAAGUUUGGAAUCAAGCACUUUGCUGGAGAAGUCACUUACGACGCCUCUGGUUUCUUGGAAAAGAACAUGUCCAAGCUGCCUGAUGAGGCCGGAGCUUUGCUUCUUUCCUCAUCCUCUUCGCUUCUUGAGGAGAUCGGCAAGAAGGUGCAGGAAGAAGUUGAGACUGAAAACCGCAGCAGGGGGCGAAAGGCAAAGACGGUGAGUUCAGGCUUCCGACAAUCGCUGGAGGAGUUGAUGCAAACAGUCAAUUCUGCAGAGCCGCACUUCAUUCGGUGCCUGAAGCCCAACGCAGCCAAGGAACCAAACAACUUCGACUCCAAGUAUACCUACGAGCAGAUGCUGUACAGUGGCAUCUUUGAGGCUGUUAGAAUCAGGCAGUCCGGCUUCCCCAUGCGCUUGCUUCACGCAGAGUUUCUGGAGCGCUAUGGCAGAUUGAUGCCCAAGGAGCAGUGGCCACAACUGGUGGGGCCUAGGCAAGUGAGUCCGCCCGAGAAGGUGGAGCUGUUGGUGUCCGCUCUCCGUGAGCAGCUCACGACCAGCGACUUGCCAGACAAGGGCCUAGUGCUGGGAAAGACCAAGGUCUUGGGCAAGGCACUGACCAUGAGCCUUUUGGAAGAGAUCCGCCACAAGACUCUCUUGGCGCAGAAGCAGGAGCAGGAAGCCGCAGUAGAAGAGCUCGAGAGGGCCAUCAAGGGUCGCAACCCCGAAGCCUUGCUGGCUGCUUUGGUAAAGGAGAAGCGAAUGGAAAUCAUGAAAGGCUUGCAUGAAGCCAUCAAUCUGCGGGAAGUCCCACGUCUGAGACAAGCAAUCAAAGAGGCAGAAGACUUUGGUCUGGACCAUGCAGAUGAUCUUGCAGUACUUGAGGAAGCUGUGACAACCAUGCAGAAAGAGCUGUGGCCGCAAGCGCGGGCCGGCUUGACACAGGCAGUUGCGUGUCGGGAAAUCAAAAAGCUACAAGAUGCUUUGGCAGAGGCAGAACUUGUUGGUCUUCCCACAGAGGAGAUGAAACCUGCAAGGCAGAUUCUCCAGGAGGAGGAAAGAAAGGUUGCAGCCAUGGAGGGGCUGAAGGAACCACUACGACUCCGGGACAUCGCUGCCAUGCAAGCGGCCAUUGCGGAAGGUGAAGCCGCAGGUCUCUCGGCAGGUGAUUUGGAAGGCAUCAAGACGGCGCUUGCAGAAGAACAGCGCAAAGCAACUGCUCGCACCGCUUUGCAGAGCGCAGUGAAGUCCAGAAAGGUGCCAGAGUUGCAGGCGGCCUUGGAGGAAGGGGAAGCCUGCCAAUUGGAAGGCUCCGAGCUCUAUGAGGCAAAACGCAUCCUGGCAGACGAGCAGUCCAAGAUGCAAGCGAGGAGUGCGGUCGAGAAGGCCACCCAGAGCCGGGAAGUGACCGAGCUCCGCGCCGCGCUGAAGCAGGGCCUGGCCUGGGGGCUGGAGGAGGCGGAGCUGCAAAGGGCGCGGAUGAUCCUGAAACAGGAAGAGAUCAAACUGGAAGCCUUGAGAGCCUUGGAGGAUGCCUUGCGCAGCCGUGACAUCGAGGAGCUGCAGGCGGCAAUCCGACAAGGCCAGAGCUCCAAUUUGGACCCAUCGCAACUGCGUCCUGCGCGGACUGCCCUGGAAGAGGAGCAAAAAAAGCUCGCGGCGAGAUCCGGGCUCGAGAAGGCCAUCAAGCGUCGGGACAUCAACGCGCUGAUGAGAGCCUUGACAGAGGCAGAAAAAGCAGGCCUAUCAACAGAUGUCGAUGAGGAGAUGCGCGUGGCAAAGGAGACCCUAGCCACCGAACAGGCCAAGGCUGCGUCAAAGGAGCAGUUGGCGAAAGCAAUGAAAGACCUUUGCUACGAUACCAUUCCAGCUCUGCGCGAAGCAAUUCAAGAAGCUGAACUUCAAGGGCUGGAUGCAGUCCUAGUCGACCCGGCCAAAGCGAAGCUGGAGACAACCGAGCGGCAGUUGGCUGCGAAGAUUGAACUUCAAGAUGCUUUAGCCACUCGUGGUAUUUCUGAGCUGGCUUCCGCCAUUAGCAGUGCUGAAGCCGCAGGUCUUCAUUCAGCGGAUGAACACCUGGCAGAAGCCCGCAGAACACACGCGGAUGAGAAGAGACGUGUUAAAGCCCAACAAGGACUCUUCGAUGCCGUGCAAAGCCGAAACAUUGAGCAGUUGCACAAGGCCCUGGAAGAAGGCAAGGUCUGCUCCCUCAACGAGGACGACCUGCGGGAGGCCAACGAUGUGCUGAUGGAAGAGCUGCGCAAGGCCAAUGCACGCGAAGGGCUGCAACGGGCGACCUGGAGCCGAAGUAUCCUGGACCUUCGCUCCGCCAUCGCCGAAGCGGAGGAUGCAGGGGUGGAUGAAGAUGAAACCAUGGAAGCAAGGCAGAUGUUGGGCAUCGAGGAGGGAAAGGAGGAAGCACGGAAUGGCUUGGAGACAGCUGUCCAGAGCCGAAAUGUGGAGAUGUUGGAAGAUGCUUUGGAGGAGGCAGAUCGUUGCGGCCUUGUCCCCAAAGAGACAGAGACGGCAAGGCAAAUUCUUGCGGAGGAGCAGCGGAAAUUGGCUGCCUUGGAGGGUCUCAACGAGGCCAUUGCCAGCAAAGACAUAGCAGCCUUAGAGGCAGCGAUUCUGGAAGCCCAGCAGGCUGAUUUGGAUGCAACAGAAGUCGACACUGCAAAGAGCUUGCUGGAGUUGGAAUUGCAGAAAAUCGCCUUGUGGAAAAGGCUUGAGAAGGCACAACAACAAAGGGUGAUCAACGAGUUGCGCGAUGCUUUGUCUGCAGCCAUGAACCUGGGCUUCAGCCUUUCGGAGCUCGCACCGGCACAAUCAGUUCUGAAAGAGGAAGAGAGGAAAGAAACCGCGCGCGAAGCUUUGGCAGAGGCGGUCUCUGAUCCAGACGUCGCCACGUUGGAAGCUGCCCUAAAGGAGGCCGUAGACUCGGGCCUUAUGGAGGAGGAGAUGGUAGCCGCCAAGGAUGCCUUGCAGCUUGCACAACGUUUGGUGGAGACCCGAAAUGACUUGGAGUCUGCGGUGAAAACUCGGGAUCCAGCCAGGCUCAUGGCGGCCAUCGAGAAAGGCCAGAGCUGCGGCCUGGAACGCCACGAGUUGGAGCCGGCGGAGGCGGUGCUCAAAGAGGCUCGGGUCGAGCAAACCAGAGAAUCGCUCAAGAGGGCCAUCAACGAGCAGGACGUCCGGGCGCUUUUCCGCGCCGUUGCAGAAAGUGAAGCUGUUGGUCUGGAACCAGAGGAAUUGGAUGAGGCGAAGCGUGUGCUGGAAGAGGAAGCAGCAUUGGCCACUAAGGAUGCGGAGCAUCGCCUAGAGAGGCGGCAGCUGCUGCUGCCGGCGGCGGAGCUGACCUUUGAGGUGGCGCGCCCUGCGCUAGACGCGGAGGGCUAUGGAGGCUUCGAUUGGAAAGUCCGUGAGAACAUCGCCUUUAGCACGGUGGCGGUGGGGCAAGAGCUGGCAGCAGCUUUGGAGAAAGCUUGGUUCACCAAGAAGUCGAACAUCUUAGACGAGCUUUGCCAAAACCUCCACAGCUGCCACAUGUCAUCGAUAGGGAGACUUUGCAAACCUGAAGCUUUGGACAAACAUGUCUUAUUGAAACUGGGCCUCGACCUGAAGAUGGAGUGUGAUACGAGCGAAAAUUGGGCAAGCUCACCAAUCGCCCUGGCAGCUAUGCUGUUUUACACACAGCAAGACGUUGACAUUGACCGGGCCUUGCUUUUCCCGGACUGUCCAUCGUCAAUGGUGGCCGCUCAGUUGUUCAAAGAACGCAAGGAGGCCUACGAUGCGUACCGCACGCGCACUUCCGCCCUGGGUGCGCGCAAUCCGAUGCUCUUCAGCGAGGUCAGUCAUGUGGCGACAGCAGUGCUGCAGUCUGCUCUGCGUGGUCUGCAACAGGCACCUGAUGUCACCACCGAGCGACCUUUGCAGAAGUGGGUCAAGACGGCAUGUUUGUUGAGUUCCUGUCGACAGAAGUUUGAAGACUCCAAAUCUCUUACCAGGAUUUUGACGAACGUCUCAGAGCGGGGAGUCCAGGAGUUGCGGAAGAAGCAGAAGGAAGAUAUCAUUGUUUGUCCUCAACUCCUGAGCACAUCCUCCAAUCCUGACUAUGUACAGAAGUACCUCUCCCUGGGAGCAUCUAGCUUGGAGAAGCAUGUGAUCUUGACCAUCAGCAACGUCACGGAGUGCCUUGAUCUGUCAGCUGUCAGCCAAUAUCCAGAUGAACAGGAAGUGCUUCUGCCUUUCCUGUCAGUCUUGAGGGUCCAGGACGUCUCCUUCGAAGCGGGUCAAGCUACACGUGUGCGAUGUCAAUUCCAGGGCUCCAUGCUGAGCCCACGCUUGAGAUCCGCCUGUUUGUCGGAUUUGACCAUGGCUUCCUAUGAGCUCGUCCAAGGUCUGGAUGAUUUGCCGAUCCCAAGCCCGAUCUCUGUUAGCUUGGGUGAAUCUAAAACCGAUCGACCAAACUUGCGCGAUCAUACCCAGUACAACACGAAGGUCUUCCAGACACUGGUUCAUGCCUUUGAAGCUCUAGAUCGACGGGGUGCUUGGAUGAUUAGCUAUUCAGAUUACUCAUGGGCACAGGACACACUGGCAAGUAGCGUUGGCGUGAAGCGAAUCCUUCGGAAGCUCACAGGGCACUUUGCCAACAGCCACCUCGACCUGACUCUCCAGAAGUUCUUUGUGCUGACAAUGCCUGGCGCGACGGACAGCCAGCUGGAACGGGCCUUCCGUUGGACCUCGCGGUAUCUGCGAACCACGGAGCCGCAGAGGUUGGAGGAAUCGCCAUCCGCCAGUCCUCAGUCUCCGCAGACUCCGGUUAUUCGCACCACGACUCCAAAACAUCCCCGUCUUCGAACGUGGCGAUGA